AUGCCGACCUCCAACACUUCCUCCCCAGUUAAGCGCCCGGGGCUGGGCCGCCGCGCUGUUUCCUCUCACGCGGUCGUCACGCGCUCCUCCUCUUCAACUACCACCAUCUCCCAAGGCGAGCUCUCUCACUCUCACUCCUCCAACCCUCAGAAGCUUCCUCAUCGCCCUCAUCGCCCCCAUUUGGUCGGCGGUGGUCAUCGCAAUCAUCACCGCAAUCCUUCCUUCGGAAAGAACCUGAAUAAGCUACAGAGACACCAGUCCUCCCACCAGAUUGGUACUACUACAACGACGACGGAAGGUCCCGCUCGCGUGCAUCAGCGCAAGAAGUCCGCACCCGCAACACCCGCUGCAAGCCCCCGGGGGCAUCACGUCCGCUGGGAUGGGGUGUUGGACGAACCACACCGCAGCACCGGUUCGAUGAAAAAGAAUUACUCGAGUCCGGCUCUCCGACGCAAUACCUCGGGUGUUUUGGGGAAGAAAGCUCUGGUCACCGACCGUCCUCACUCGAGCUCCGGAAAGAAGAAGACCGUGGGCUUUGAGCUGGCAGAUUCCGACAACGACGACGCUGACUGGGAAGAUACCACUCAGUCACCUGAAAGUACCCGGCGCAGCUCGGUCGCACAGUCGAAGGAGAGUGUGGAGAAUCCUGCCGUGCUGGUGGACCCCCUUACUUUCGUCAAACGCUCCUACCCACAAUUCCCUCGAGCAACCAGUCUUCCAGAGUCAACCAGCAAGAGUUUCGGCGAAGACCACCUAUCCGACGACGACGAUCAAGACAACGACGAUAACACUCCACAACAGCGCUCUGAUUCUGAGGAAAGACACGAAGAAGCGGGCCGCGCUCUCGACCAUCCCGAUAUUGCCGCUCGCCUGCUCAGCCCGUCCCAUUCCGCCAAAGCACCGCCCGCCAUGUCUUCCAUCUCCGCCACGGUGAAGCCGACCGCCGUGGAAUCGCUCUCGCGCAAUGCAUCUCUGACCAACUUGGCCUCCGGGCCUGAUGGUGCACGACGUCCCCUGUCUUCGUCCCACAAUACGUUGGCGCAUACUCCGGGUACUCAGGCCCAUGCGACCUCGUCUUCAAUCGAAGGCGGCGUGUCGAAGUUCAUCAUUAAUAAUAAGACUGGACCACAUGCGUUUUCUCGUACCGAUUCCGACCCGAAUACUCCCUCGUCCUUUCUACCACAUUAUCACCCACAGACACCACCAUCCCCUCGCGGUACCAGCUCCAGAAAGCCACGAGCCUCUCCACCGUCAAGGCCUCUCGGUGCCGAGCCGCAUUCCCGUACGCAGCAAAAACUUUGGCUGCAACGCACUGCGGCCCUCAACACGUCGCCGCCUGACGGUCAUGGCGUAACUGCAACAGUCUCCCCAUCAGCCAUAGAUCCCGCAUUCAUUGCUGUGACCCACGCUCGGCCGGGCGCUGGCCCAUUUGAACCCGGCAGGGCCCUUGUCAACGGGCCUUCCCGCACAGGUGGGGCCGUGCACGACAAUGAAGUCAAGCAUAUCCGCAAAGCGUACGAGAAGACAGCGUUGGAACUCACAGUCGUUCGAAGGUUCCAGUCUCCCACUGGUGACAGCUUCAACCGGUUGAACAUGAUUCUUACUGAUCUCAAAGGUGGUGCUGCCAGCUCCAGCGUAGGACAACGCGCAUCACUUGGCAAGCCGAUCAAGUCAGCACCAGCACUGACCCUCCUACAAGAAGGCACAGGUCGCCAUAGCGCUAGCCCAGAGCCCAGACAGCUCAUCGGCAAGAGGGAUCACGACAUGCACACCUCAGUCUCCCAGGCCUAUCUCCAAGAUCCAGAUGAUCUUGUGAGCGAAUCUGACGCGGCUCAGGGACACAAGUCUCAACACCCGUCCCAUCGCAUACUCUCCACAUCUGACGAACCCGUCCAUGGUAGUUCAGCUCCGGAGGACAUCACCGAAGACACCCUUCGUGUCAAUGAAGCGGAGAUGAUGAUCCGUCGCAUGUGGGAAAGUCGCGAAGUGGCCACCGCAGGCUAA